CGGGGAGCUGAUAAACCAGAAGACUCGACCUGAGCCAAUCAAGUGGUCUGGCGCCAGUCAAUCGCUCAUCGGGAGAUGAAAUUCAUGCAGCGUGGCCGUAUUGCCUUCCCGUCCUCCCGCCCUGAGGCAACCGUAGGCGGCCAUACAUCGCUCUACCCAGCUAAGGUCCGAGAGCGGGAUCCUGUGCAGCGUCAGCUAUGCCUGUACAUCGUCGUACGUUUCAGGUGCACGCCUCCAAGGCACGAUCAACGUGGGUUACGAGGUCUACUUCGCGAUUCUCAAGUUGGCAUGCUUGUGAGCGAUGUCCAGAGGCGGUGCACCGCAACUACCAAGGCCUAGUCGCCUUAGCUGCGGCCCGGCAUACUAAAAACGAUGCCUAUGAGGAAGGUAACAGCACAGAUACCCACUCUUUCUUCUUUGCCCAGUUAUCUCGUUUAAUCGGUUACGUUCAUAAAAUUUAGCUUCUUGCAUACCCUACCUUUUUAGCCUCUUGCAUAACCCGCUUUUCUACCUUCUUGUACACCUCACUUUCUCAUUCUUUACGAUGCCUUCUUCACCGUCCUACUCGCCCUCGCCGCCGCCGCCCGCACCGUUCGCGCCGAUGUUACCUCGACCGUUGGCUCUGAGGACCGCCACGGACACGGUCGCUCGCGUUAACCUCCUUCAGGACCAGGAUUUCGCCUUCGACUUUUUUAAUUCAAGCUCUGAUGUCACCACUGGCGCUGGUGGUCACGCCGUUGGCGCGAGUAUCACCAACUUCCCUGCUCUCGUCUGCCAAGGCGCGGCUACGACCGUUGGCUUCUUCAAGCCCUGUGGAAUGAACAUCUCGCACACGCAUCUUCUUGCAACAGAGAUCCUGUACCCGGUUAACGGUACCUUGACCUCAGGCACCAUCCGCUUCGUGUUUAACACUAUCAACCCUGGACAGGCAAGCAUCUUCCCCAAGGGGUCUGUACGCUUCCAGGCUAACGAGGACUCUGAGCCGAUCAUGUUCGUUUGCGAGUAUGGGGGACGCAUUCAGAUGCACGACCAAAAUUGGCGUCAAUUGCCAGCUGCCUUCAAUCUCGAGGUCCCUGGAACAUUGUCCGUGGCUCAGCACUACUUUGGCCUGCCACCAGACGUCGUUGCUGCCCCGCUGAACAACCCAACAACGCAGUGGCAGCCGCGUGUGUCCGGCAACGCGCCUUCUCCCGACACGCCCGCCGCGUUAGUAUCCCCCGCUGCAACUUAUUCCGCUGCGUCCUCGGGGCCCUCCGCCUGUGCGACUUCGUCGACCGCUGCGACUACCACUCCUGGCAAGCGCGAUGACUCUACCUCCCUGUUCAGCUCCGCAAGCGCGAUUAAGCACGGGAUUCAGGACUUUUAACAGACAUGUAUUCACCUGGAACCACACGUUCUUUUGUAGUGCUAGUCAUAAUCUCUACGUGGUAUACUUACCUGGCUGUGUUUAAUACCAAUGGCCACUGUCACUAAUGACCAGACAUCGCUAGACAGCUAAGCGAAGCACGGAACUGCAGGCGCCUUGCUUUUUGGGCUAUCCUCCGUGCGCCGACUUGGGGCUUGGUUCUCGGCACGGAGCGAAAUAAAAAUACACUCCGUUUCGUACCCGGUCAGACUAGCUGGUGCUCUGGGCCCUCCGCCCUUGAUUUCUUGGGAUGCGCAGCUCGGUGUUUGCGGUGAUGGCGUAUUAAUACUCGCUGACUCGCCACAAUGGCGUAAGCAACAGAUGCGUUUGGCUGCCCAGUGUGGUAGUCUUAGGUUCUAGCUGUGGAGAGCCUUGAGCUUGAUAU